AUGACUUCUCCAAUGAUUCAAAAAGAUAUUGUGAGUGCAUAUAAAAUAGAGACCGUUAAAUCAAUUCUUGAGGAAUUAAAUGGUGAUUACUUUGUCUUGCUAGUUGAUGAGUCCUUUGAUGUGUCACGCAAGGAGCAAAUGGCUAUUGUAUUUCGAUAUAUUGAUAGAAAGGGAUUUGUGAUGGAGCGACUUAUUGACAUUGUUCAUGUUCAAGAUACUAGUGCUUCAUCUCUAAAGGAGGCAAUUGUUAAUUUACUUUCUCAACAUUCUUUGAGUCCAUCAAGUGUGCGUGGACAAUGUUAUGAUGGGGCAAGCAAUAUAAAAGAAAUUACAAAUGAGCUUAAUAAAUGCUUACAAAAAAAGGAGCAAGAUAUCGCAAAUGCCAUGCUACUUGUUGAAGUAGAAAAGAGAAGGUUGCAAAUUUUAAGGGAUGAUGAAUGGGACUCUCUUAUUGCUAAGGUAUCUACAUUUUGUAUCAAACAUGAUGUUUUGAUACCUAACUUUGAGGAGCCAUAUGUUAGCUCUUUAAUAUCACGACGAAAGCUUGCUAACUAUACAAUCUUACAUCAUUAUCGUGUUGAAGUGUUUUGCAAUAUUAUUGAUUGGCAACUUCAAAAACUUAAUGAUCAUUUUGAUGAGGUGACUACUGAUUUUCUUCAUGAAAUUGCUUGCUUAAAUCCAAUUAACUCAUUUUUAAGUUUUGACAUCAAAAAAGUAAUGAGAAUGACGGAAUUAUAUCCGGAUGACUUUGAUGAAUCUAAUAUGAGUGCUCUUGAGAAUCAACUUGCAAGUUAUAUUGUUGAUGUUCGUGAUGUUGAUGAAAGGUUCUCCUAUCUAAAUGGGUUUUGUGAUCUUUCCAAAAGAUUAGUUCAAAUAAAGAAAUAUUCUACUUAUCCUUUGGUAUUCCGCUUAGUGAAACUUGCUCUACUUCUACCAGUUGUCAUUGCCUCAGUUGAAAGAGCUUUUUCGGCAAUGAAGUUUAUCAAGAAUGACUUGCGGAGCCAAAUGAGUGAUGAUUUUUUAAGUGGUUGUUUGAUUUCUUAUUAA